AUGACCCCGGCCCUUCUAAUGGCGCGUCUGCCGCCGUUUCUCGUCAUCUCUGGCGUUCUCAAUCUCGCUACCGGCCACGUUCUGCCACAACCGACAAAGACGGUGGACUUUUAUGAACUCAAUGUUCUGCCGUAUCCUCUCGCCGCGACGCCUGCGCCCGACGAUUCAUUGUUGCUGCGAAGGCAAUUCAACACUGUCUGUGGUUACUUAGGGGGAGAUCCUGGACUACCAGCAACUUGCUCUGCUGGGUCGCAUUGCGUGGUAGAUGUCGAUCACGGCGCUGUGGGAUGUUGUCCCGAUGGCGGAUCUUGUACAUCAGGUGUAUUUACAGGCUGUGUGGAUGCAGACAGUGGACCACAAACAGAGGUGAAUCCAUAUGUGUUCACCUGCAGAGGGAGCGACUCGUGCUACAGAAAUAGCUACGAGGGUGGUUUCUUUCAAUUUGGAUGCGGUUCGACAUCUGGUUUGGCGACAAAAGUUGUGGCUACAGCUUCGGGAAAGAGUGCGAUUGACCUCACAAGCAUAAAUGUUCCUCUCACACAGCCAGUGAGUUCGCUAUCUGAACCCACAACACUAGGAACAAGGAGGAGGACAACAACGACGGAUGCUUCCGCCACAAAAUCAUCAACAACAAGGAGCGCAUCUACAAAAUCUACAGAAACCUCCUCGGGUUCAACAACAGAGUCGACAGCGUCGACAACAACAUCAUCAUCAGAAACUUCCUCAACAGCUUCGGAGACCGAAUCCGACACCUCCACAGAAACCACGGCUUCAGAGACAGCAGACCCAUCGUCGACAGAAUCUGGCGACUCUGAUGCCCCUGACACCGACGGCAACGACAAUGGCUCCAAGAAUACGGGCGCCAUCAUCGGCGGUACCAUCAGUGGCGUAGCAGCCCUCGCAGCUCUCAUAGUUCUCGGCAUUUGGCUAUGGAAACGCAAGAAGGGAAAUACGCGCCAGGGGCCGGGCGUGAAACACCAGGUGCAGCACAUUGGUCCGCCGUUAGACAAUAAUCAUAAUUUUGCUCCGGUGCCCCUUAUGCAUGAGACCGACAAAAUGGCACCGCCCCCACCGGUUCCAGUGAGGAACCAGCAGCGCACUAUGAGCUCGGCUGCGGGCCACGAGGAGCCAUAUUCCGAGCCAUGGGAUCCUUCCUCUAAUUAUGGCUAUGGAAAUUCAGCGGGCGCUGUGGGUGGAUCUUCGCACAUGGAGCAUGACGAGGUGCCUUUGACGCGAGACGACGACUUCGACCAUAGCUACAAUUCCGGCUUGGGACGAAUCAGCGAGGAACACCCACGGCCUGGAACAGCAAUCAGUACGCCUGGCCAAAUGAGCCAAGUAUAUCCUGGACCUCGCGGCGGCGGUGGAGGACCGUUGUGGCAGCAGAACCGUGGGCCUGGGUGGUUCUAA